UUCAACCAUAGGAAGAAACCCAGUCCUGCGUUACAUUGAUUCGACUAGAAGAACGGCAUACAUGUUCACCAAUGACCAGAGGCAACAAGAGCGAACAGGAAAAUACGGAACUCCCAGAUUGCAAUAUCUUCAGGAACUGGUGAAUCAGUUUCAGAACACAUCUGAUGACGAAACAAGAGAGAAGAUUUUGGCAAAUUUGGCCAACUUCGCCUAUGAUCCUUACAACUAUAACUUCUUGCGUCAGCUUAAUGUUUUGGAACUUUUCCUGGACUGCAUAACUGAACCCAAUGAAAAGCUUGUAGAAUUCGGUGUUGGAGGGAUCUGCAAUUCUUGUGUUGAUCCGGCCAAUGCUGCAAUUAUAACUAAGUUUGGUGGGAUACCUCUUAUCAUUCAAUGUUUAUCAAGCCCAGUUAGGAACACUGCAAAUUAUGCACUUGGGGCACUUUAUUAUCUCUGUAACGAAUCUAACACGGAAGAGGUUUUAAAGCCCGAAGUUGUUGAUGUCAUCAAGAGGUACGCAGCAGCUGAUGAAGUUAGUGUGAGCUUCAGUAAUUUGGCUAAAGCUUUUUUGGACAAACAUCUAUCAGGGAACUAGUAAGAGACACAGCUUAACGUUUAAUGCUCAUUUAUGAGACUGUCCUUGCAAGGCAACUUUUUUUGCACAAAAUUCAAAAUGCUCUCUGCACUACAAUCUCUGUAUGUAGUUGUUUAUUCAAACAGAGAUUGUAGUGCAGAGAGCAGUCUAUGACCAACAUUAUAUACUUUACUAGAUGUUAAUAGUUGUCAAACAUAAGGAGAGAACGUCAUCACUCAUCUUGUAAGGGUGGAACCUAGUAUUUGAUCAUUCAUAUGCCCAAAAGGGGAAUAUGUUUUUAGGGCCACUCUCGUCGUAUUCAUCUGUAAACUGGCACAAUUAUUCCCUUGUUCUGGGUCGAUUUUGUGAGUACUAGUACUGCUGUAUAUUCUGAUGGUGUAAAAAUUU